UUCUAUGGGGGCUGUAGUUAUUGUUUUCCCACGGAAGUAUCCUCCCAUUUUCCAUAGGUUUCGCAAGGUUUGCAUUGACGGUAGUGUGCGUUUCUCUGUUGGAAGAAUUUAGUCGUUUUGGCAUGAAAUUCGUGUACAGCAAUAUUUGAAUUUUUGGAGGCAUGUCCAAGAAAAGGGGCAGAAAGCGGAGUAGUGGGGAGCUGAGUGACACCACAGUGAUGACCCCUGACCCCAACAGUCUCCUGGGAGUGAGAAUACAACACAACUGGAGGGAGAAGGGCAACCAGAGCAAAUGGAAAGGCACCGUCCUGGACCGUCUCAGUGUCAACCCCUCACUAUUCAUGGUCAAGUACGACGGGUUUGACUGUGUCUACGGCAUCGAGCUAUUCAAGGACGAAAGGGUGUCUAAUCUACAGGUUCUCACAGAUAAACUUGUCAACAACAAGAUCAAGGUUCCUCACGGGGCAGAGGAUUUGGUAGGCAAAGCGGUGGAGCACCUUUUUGAGAAGGAGGAUGGAGAGAAGAACGAGUGGCGAGGCAUGGUCCUCUCCAGGGCUCCCAUUAUGACUAACUGGUAUUACAUCACCUAUGAGAAGGACCCAGUGCUAUACAUGUACCAGCUGUGGGACGACUAUGCCGAGGGAGAUCUCAGGAUCUUACCUGAAGCAGAAAAUAAGCACUUGCUUCCGGCCGACCGAAAGCCAGGCGAGGAGACUGAGAGUCUUGUGGGUAAGCAGGUGGAGUAUGUUACUGACAAAGGUGUGAAGCGAACAGGCCUGGUGAUCUACCAAGUCCCUGCCAAGCCCUCUGUAUACUACAUCAAAUACGACGAUGACUUUCACAUCCAUGUCUACGACCUGGUCAAGACCACAUAGGACACUUGUUUACUCACUCCAUCGCUUACUUUUCACUUAUCCUCCACUCUCUAUCUCUCGAACUACCUAAAGGCCCUGGAGGGUUUAACAGUUAUGCUUUGUCAUUCAGGAAGUGCAAUCUAUUAGUCCACAUUGAAUCUAGUUCUAUGAUAUGCACAGCAGAACUGUAGCAAUGAUAUUGUAGGCCACUAGGAGGAGGGUGGGAACGUGUACACUUGGAAGGACCUUUUUACCCUCCCCACUUCUUUGGUUACCCCAUUUCCUGGUUGUGCUCCACCGUAGACUCACAUCUUGGACAGUCCAGGAGUGCACCUUGCCCUAUGACAGACUCACAUCUUGGACAGUCCAGGAGUGCACCUUGCCCUAUGACAGACUCACAUCUUGGACAGUCCAGGAGUGCACCUUGCCCUAUGACAGACUCACAUCUUGGACAGUCCAGGAGUGCACCUUGCCCUAUGACAGACUCACAUCUUGGACAGUCCAGGAGUGCACCUUGCCCUAUGACAGACUCACAUCUUGGACAGUCCAGGAGUGCACAUUGCCCUAUGACAGACUCACAUCUUGGACAGUCCAGGAGUGCAUCUUGCCCUAUGACAGACUCACAUCUUGGACAGUCCAGGAGUGCACCUUGCCCUAUGACAGACUCACAUCUUGGACAGUCCAGGAGUGCAUCUUGCCCUAUGACAGACUCACAUCUUGGACAGUCCAGGAGUGCAUCUUGCCCUAUGACAGACUUACAGUAUAGUGCAAGAAUGACCACAUUUCAAUUGUUUCCCACAUCCUGAUGCUUAAUUCAAAGCAGAACUGAAUUAUAUAUUAUAAAACUUAAAGCUGGCCCCAGUAGCCAUUCAUAUUUGGUCCUUGAAUGGCCAAACAGCGAGCAUGAUGUAUAAGUGAAUCUUUGUAGAGACUAGUUUGAGCUGUUUUGUUCAGUGAAGUGUUAGCUUUGAAAGUGAAAUGCAGUAAGCUGUGAUGCCCCUGAAAGCAUCAUUACAUGUUUUUGUUGUCUUUAUCAAUAGGCAACUAACUUUGUUUGAUUUGUCAGUCAGUUCAUAGACAAUCAUUCCUUGAUAAACCCACAGUGCUAUCAUUGGAUUCAUAGCACUGGGUUGCACUGGCCUAGGAGUAGUGUAUAGCAGUGUCUCCCAACUCCAGUCCUCGAGUACCCCUAACAGCACACCAUUUUGUUGUUGGCCUGAACAACCUCACCUGAUUCAACUCAUUGGGGGCUUGAUGAUUAGUUAACCAUUGGAAUCUGUGUGCUUAUCCAGGGCUACAACAAAAAUGUUUGCUGUUGGGGUUAUUGGACAACUGGAGUUGAGAAGCACUGCUGUGUGGUGAUGGUUCAAACACUAUUUUGAACUGCCUAAUAUAACAUUCAUAAUGCUAAAUCAAGACUUUCCAGAUCAGGAAAACUCCUGGCCCUAACAAUACCUGACAUGUUAAAAACAUCAUCAGACUGUAUGAUAAGCUUGAGGAGUAGAAUAGAGGCAGGACUUUACACUACAUUCUGAUCUUCAAUAGAAAACAAACAAGCAUCAUAAAGUGCCUUCAGGCUGAUCAUGUUGCCAUACUCUAUAUAUUUGCUAACCUCUCACAAUUUUAUUCUGUUUAAUGUUAAAGCCACUAUUUGGUCAGUAUUAGUAAAAGUAAAAAAUGCUCGAAAGAAACAAACGUGUCAAAGACUGAGUGAAGAGGUUGUUGCUAUUGUCAGUUUGUAUUAGAGAAUAUGUGCAAUGUUGGUAAUUACUGCAGUAUACAAUAAUUUCCCCCAAUAUAACAUCCAUGACCAACAACAAGUGGUAUAUUGUAGCAAUGGUAAACCAUAAUGAUAAAACGCAUGGAGAAAAUAAAUCAUUUAUAACACGGCACACAGUAUUUCAUCUGUAACUUUAGAUUGUGUUGUAAAUGUAUGCUGUUGUGAUUACUUCCUUUAUAUUGUAAAUAUCCCAUUGAAACACCAGCUUUAAAACCCAUCUACAAAUCUCACCUAGAGAAAUGCAGCAAAGACAGCUUCCAAAAAAAUCCUUAGGCCUGGUCUCUUGAGGAAAAAUACAAGUUUUCACUUUUUAAUCUUAUUUUAAAGAUUUGAGAGCUACACUCCAUAAUGUAAUCCCAGGAAGUCCAAAACUCAAAUGGACUGGCUAGGAUCAUUCAGAUUUACAGUCUCCAGUCCUACUCACCACUCCAGGGUAUCCAGUCUAUCUUUUUACACAGUACAUUGGUGCAUAGGGGUCAUUGUACUUAGGCUGUGUUUAGACAGGCAGCCCAAUUCUGAUCUUGUUUUUCACGAAUUGGUCUUUUGACCAAUCAGAUUAUCUCUGAAAAAGGUCUGAAAGGAUCUGAUGUGAAAAGUCCAAUUAGCGGGGAAAAAAUACUGAAUUGGGCUGCCAGUAUAAAUGUAGCCUUUUAUUGUCAGAUUUGCAUGCAUAACUUGAAUGCAACCAAGCAUAUUGGUUAUGACAGUUGCAGAGGUAUAAUAUGAUAUAUCUGGAAGAUAAUUUUGUGGCAGUCUUUGCAGUCCAAUUUUAGUAAAAUGUUUAGCUAGAAAAUGUGACUGUAAAAAAACUAAAAUUGUCAGGGCUUAUCUAUAGACGGGUUAGCUGACGUCAUGAAAACGAUGUGCACGCUUCAAUGGGGCAGAAGACAGUGUGUUGUGAUUCUGGAUGGUCAGAUAGCUAGCAACAAUGACAAGAACCUGCCACGUUUGGAAUCCGUAGGUGGCUCGUUUUAUCUAUUUCUUGAUACCAUGUCUAUGCUAAUAUUCUGUAAUGUUAUAUUUGAGGGGCAAGUGUAUGGGGUCAAUUUCACGCCAUAUGUAUUGAAUUCAAAAUAUUUAAAAAAAAACGUGAACAUGAAAAAUAAAGUUGAGAAUGUUAACAUAUUUUCGAGAACGUGUGAAAUAAUAGAUGUUGAUCAAAAACCAAACAAUUGAAAGCAAAAUGUAUAGAGUUGUAAACAAAAACAAUACAU